CAAAACUUUGCCUACAACACAAAGUCAUCACAGCGCGCGUCGGGCAUCGCGCGCAUCCCAUCGAAACAGCUUAACCUCCGAUUACGAACGAUCGACGACAUCGCCGACCGCGAUUUUUCGAGUUUCUGUAACCUACAAGGUGGCGGCGACGGGGGAGACCAGCCUGAGGUUCACCUGAGCCAGUGGCCAGGACAGGCGUUGCUGUUCAUCGCCCAUCAAGCAAUCGCAUUUGAGAGAAUUUAUUAUCGACUUAACAGCCUUGCGCGACCAAAAAACCUUUUUAAUAGCAUCUUUUUGCACUUUUCUUCUACUUUUCGCGUUUCUUUGCGUUCCGGCGCGCGUUUGGAUCUCUACUCUCGCUUCUCGCUCCUUUCCACUCCACGUCAGAACAAUCACAUAUCGCCACCAUGGCUAACCUUUACUUCACUCACUCGAGCGCUCCGCUCAAGACGGUGGAAGAGAUUCAGUUCGGUUUGAUGUCUCCCGAGGAGAUCAAGAACAUGAGUGUCUGCCACAUUACUUAUCCCGAAACGAUGGAGGAGAACAAAACAAAGCCUCGUGACGGUGGCCUCAAUGACCCGCUUCUCGGAUCGAUCGAUCGACAAUUCCGUUGCAAGACCUGCACCCAAGCAAUGGGCGAGUGCCCUGGCCACUUCGGUCACAUCGAACUGGCCAAACCUGUCUACCAUCCCGGAUUUAUCAAGAAAGUCAAAAAGAUUUUGGAGAUUGUCUGCCACAACUGUAGCAAAGUGCUAGCCGAUGAUAGAGAUCCUGAGUUCGUUAACGCCAUUAACACUCGAGAUCCUAAAGUCCGUUUUAACCGCGUGUGGGAAGUUUGCAAGAAGAAGCGGAGAUGUGAGAACGACGAGGCCAAGCAAAAGGAUGAUGAAUUCGGCACGAAGACUGGUCCUCCGAGAGGGCACGGUGGCUGCGGUAACAUGCAGCCCAACGUUCGACAAGCAGCUCUACAACUCAAGGCCGCCUUCGAUGAAGUUACAGUCGAUGAAGAUGGACAGAAGUCGAAGAAGAAGGAGACAACACCCAUCACCCCCGAGAUGGCUCACAGCAUUCUAAGGAGGAUUACGGAGGAUGAUCUUGUCAACAUGGGCCUAAACUCCGACUACGCUCGUCCCGAAUGGAUGGUUCUUACUGUUCUUCCUGUGCCACCACCCCCAGUCCGUCCUAGUAUUUCCAUGGAUGGCACGGGAACUGGUAUGCGCAACGAAGAUGAUUUGACAUACAAGCUGGGUGAUAUUAUUCGUGCCAACGGAAAUGUCAAGCAAGCUAUUCGUGAAGGAUCCCCUCAACACAUUGCUCGAGACUUUGAGGAACUCCUGCAAUAUCAUGUUGCGACCUACAUGGACAAUGAUAUUGCUGGCCAACCUCGUGCUCUACAGAAGAGUGGCCGACCUGUGAAGGCUAUUCGUGCACGUCUAAAGGGUAAGGAGGGUCGUCUUCGAGGUAACUUGAUGGGUAAGCGUGUCGACUUUUCGGCACGUACUGUCAUUACUGGUGAUGCCAACCUUUCUCUACACGAGGUCGGUGUCCCUCGCAGUAUUGCCAGGACCCUCACCUAUCCCGAAACUGUGACACCCUACAACAUCGGCAAGCUGCAUCAACUUGUCGAGAAUGGACCCAACGAACAUCCCGGUGCCAAGUAUGUUAUCCGAGCUGAUGGUCAGCGAAUCGAUUUACGCCAUCACCGCCGUGCCGGUGCGAUCUCUCUUGAAUACGGAUGGAAGGUUGAGCGCCAUUUGAUGACUGGUGACUACAUCAUCUUCAAUCGUCAGCCCUCUCUGCAUAAAGAAUCUAUGAUGGGUCAUCGUGUUCGCGUCAUGCCAUACUCAACCUUCCGUCUCAACCUUUCUGUUACUUCUCCUUACAACGCCGAUUUCGAUGGUGAUGAGAUGAACCUUCACGUCCCCCAGAGUGAGGAAACGCGCGCUGAGGUUAAAGAGCUUUGUCUAGUUCCCUUGAACAUUGUCUCUCCUCAGAAGAACGGUCCUUUGAUGGGUAUCGUCCAGGACUCUCUGGCUGGUGCCUACAAGCUUUGCCGUCGAGAUGUUUUCCUCACAAAGGAGCAAAUCAUGAACUGUAUGCUCUGGGUGCCCAACUGGGACGGUGUCAUUCCUCAACCCGCUAUCUAUAAGCCUCGUCCUCGGUGGACUGGUAAGCAGCUUAUCAGCAUGGUUAUCCCUAAGGAGGUUAGCCUGUUCAACGGUACGGAUUCUGGCGAAAACGCCCCUCUUAAGGACGAGGGUCUUCUGAUCCAAGCCGGCCAACUGAUGUAUGGUCUUUUAACUAAGAAGAACAUUGGUGCUGCUGCGGGUGGUAUUGUGCAUAUCAGCUACAACGAACUUGGCCCCGAAGGUGCGAUGGCUUUCUUAAACGGUGUCCAGCAGGUUGUCACCUACUGGCUUCUCAACAAUGGUCAUAGCAUUGGUAUUGGUGAUACAAUUCCCGAUGCGGCGACCAUUGCUAAAGUUCAGGUACAUAUUGAUGAGGAAAAGGCUGAAGUUGCUCGCUUGACAGCAAUGGCCACAGCGAAUGAGCUUGAGGCCCUACCUGGUAUGAACGUUCGUGCAACCUUCGAAAACAAAGUCUCCAUGGCUCUGAACCAGGCCCGUGAUAAGGCUGGUACCACAACACAGAAGAGUUUGAAGGAUUCAAACAACGCUGUCACCAUGGCUUCCUCAGGUUCCAAGGGUUCAUCUAUCAAUAUUUCUCAAAUGACUGCGCUUGUCGGUCAGCAAAUUGUCGAAGGCAAGCGUAUUCCUUUUGGUUUCAAGUAUCGCACAUUACCUCACUUCACCAAGGACGAUUACUCACCUGAGGCCCGUGGCUUCGUCGAGAACUCUUACCUCCGUGGUCUCACUCCUAGCGAAUUUUUCUUCCACGCCAUGGCUGGUCGAGAAGGUCUCAUUGAUACUGCAGUCAAGACUGCCGAAACAGGUUAUAUCCAGCGACGAUUGGUUAAGGCUCUGGAAGAUCUUUCUGCCCGUUACGAUGGAACUGUCCGAAACUCUCUGGGAGACAUUGUUCAGUUCCUCUAUGGUGAAGACGGUCUUGAUGCCAUGAUUAUUGAGAAACAGAAGUUGGGUAUCCUCAAUAUGUCAAACUCGGCAUUUGAAAAGAAGUAUCGUCUGGAUCUUGCCAACCCCCCGGACUGGUUUAAGCACGACUACGAAUUCGGUAACGAAUUGACUGGUGACAAGGAAUCUAUGGAGUAUCUCGAUCAAGAAUGGGAAAAGUUGUUGGCUGAUCGCAGACAAGUCCGACAGAUCAACAAGGCCAAGGGUAACGAGGAAAUGAUGCAACUGCCCCUCAACAUCACUCGCAUCAUUGAGUCUGCUAAGCGAGUCUUUAAUGUCAAGGCUAAUGACCGAAGCAACUUGCGACCGUCGGAAGUUAUUCCAGCUGUGCAAAACUUGUUGGAUAGCAUGAAGAUUGUUCGUGGUACUGAUGAAAUCUCGAUUGAAGCUGACGCAAAUGCAUCAAUUCUCUUCAAGGCCUUGCUUCGCUCUCGCCUGGCCUUCAAGGAGGUGGUCAAGGAGCACCGGUUGAACAAAUUAGCUUUUGACCAUAUUCUGGGUGAACUUCAGAAUAGAUGGGAUCGCGCAUUUGUCAACCCUGGUGAAAUGGUUGGUGUUCUGGCUGCGCAGUCUAUUGGUGAGCCUGCUACUCAGAUGACACUGAACACCUUCCAUUUCGCUGGUGUCUCGUCCAAGAACGUUACUCUUGGUGUGCCACGUCUCAAGGAAAUUCUCAACUUGGCCAAAAACAUCAAGACUCCCAGUAUGGCUGUGUACCUCAACACACCGCUCGCGAGACAAGAGCAAGCCAAGAAGCUACGAAGUAUGGUAGAAUACACCAACCUUCGCUCUGUCACUUCGGUGACUGAGAUUUACUAUGAUCCCAACAUCACGGAAACAAACAUCCCUGAAGAUGUGGACAUGGUUGAGUCUUACUACAUGAUCCCGGAUGAGAGCGUGGACCCCACUGCCAACCAAUCGCGAUGGCUUCUACGUAUUACUCUGGACCGACAGAAGCUUCUGGAUAAGGAGAUCAAGAUCGAUGAUGUUGCUCAGCGCAUCAAGGAGGAGUAUCCUACUGAUCUGGCAGUCAUUUUCAGUGACAACAACGCCGAUGAGCAGGUUAUCCGUAUUCGAACCCUCCAAACCGGUGACAAGGAUGAGGAGGGUGAAGGUGGUAUGGAGGAGGAUGUCAUGCUCAAGCGCCUGGAGGCCCAUCUCUUGGAUACUCUCACUCUUCGUGGCGUUCCUGGCAUUGAACGUGCUUUCCUCACCAAGGGCACCCGACUCACCGAGGGACCUGACGGAGCUUUGCUUGCUAUCAAGGAUGACCCCCGCUGCACACAGUGGUAUCUGGAUACCAGCGGUACUGCUCUGCGCGACGUUUUGGCUGUGGACGGCGUCGACGCGACUCGAACAUAUACCAACGACCUGUAUCAAAUCGUUGAGGUCUUUGGUAUUGAAGCUGCUCGUGCCGCGUUGGCGAAGGAGUUGACCAACGUGUUGGCCUUUGACGGUUCUUAUGUCAACCAUCGUCACAUUGCCCUCCUUGUUGAUGUGAUGACAUACAGAGGCUCCAUUUCAGCUGUCACUCGACAUGGUAUCAACCGAGCUGAUACCGGUGCUCUGAUGCGUUGUUCUUUCGAGGAGACAGUCGAGAUUCUCCUCGAAGCUGCCGCAACAGGUGAAUUGGAUGAUUGCCGUGGUAUCUCGGAGAACGUCAUGCUUGGUCAGAUGGCGCCCAUGGGUACCGGUAACUUUGAUGUCCUGCUGGAUCCCAAGAUGCUUGAGACUGUUAUUUCUGACAACUCUCGCAUGGGCUUGAUGGCAGGUAUGCCCACCAAGGGCGGAGAUGUUGAAGGAGCUGCUACUCCCUACGACACUGGCUCCCCCAUGGCUGAUUCGGGUUACCUCAGCCUCAGCUCCCCUGCUGCAGGAAACUUCUCCCCUAUUCAGGGUGCUGGAUCGGAAACACCUGGUGGCUUCACCACUGUUGGUGGCGAUCAUGGAUUUGGUGGUGCUAGCCCCUACAACCGCGGAGCGGCCAGCCCCUUCAGCAGUACAUCCCCAACAUCGCCAUUCAGUUACUCGCCGUCAUCACCUAAUAUGGGAUACUCUCCCACAUCACCUCUCAUCGAUGGUGGUGGCAUGAGCCGCUAUGGACCAACAUCUCCUUCCUUCAGCCCAUCAUCACCAUCAUUCUCUCCUACCUCGCCGAUGUUGCGUCCGACAAGCCCCGCAAGCCCCAACUACAGCCCGACGUCGCCCAGCUACUCGCCCACGUCACCUUCGUCCCCUAGACACUACUCGCCGACAUCGCCGGCACAGUUCAACUCUCCCACCUCUCCUAGUUACUCACCGGCGAGCCCCAACUACAGCCCGACAUCGCCCAACAUUCAUGGGGCUGGACCAACCUCACCCUCUUACUCUCCGGCGUCACCUUCAUGGUCUCCAACGUCUCCUGAGGCUUAUUCCCCAACAAGCCCAAGCUUCCAGAGGAGCCCUGGUGCACAGCAGUCGCCAACCAGCCCAAGCUACUCGCCGACGUCGCCUGCUUUCUCUCCUCGCACGCCGGGUCCAGGAACGUCUGGAAAUCAAUACUCUCCCAACUCGCCGUCGAACGAGCGGUAAAUUGUGUAGGCAAAAUGGUGGUGGGUGUGCUUUCCUAUCUGGGUAACAGCAAAAAAAAAGAAAACAACUUGGAAUUAGUAGCUUCGAGAAUGAUGCUAGCAACACAGGCGUUGCAUUGCUUUUAUGUUAUUUAGGUAAUCAUAUGGUGGUAAAUGAUAGAUUUUACUAGUAGAAUGCACUAGUACAUGCUUUAUUAUCACCUACAUGAUUACCUCUAUGAAACGGUGGAUGUGUUUGCAUUUCUUGAGGAGUAUUGGGGGCAUGGGCCAAUAGAUGAAACCAUGGUGAGCCCUGAGGAGAUUGACCAGACUUCGAAAGGACAGGUCUUUGUAUGCUACAUGUAUAGACGUUACUUGGCUUGCUUAUAUAAGAUAUCAUUAAUAUAUAUUUGACUUUGGCUUGCCGAAA